CAGACGACGGUGGAUAACCCGUCCCAGUAGAUGAUCAGCCGCGACACUUGAAGCAUCCCACUGCAAAACGGGAGCGAUUCCGACGAAAACGACGACGUCGCGACGGACGUUUUGGAAAGAAGUCAUUCUCGGGACUUUCGAGAGUUCGUUGCGGUGCAACAUGAACGAAGGAUAUCCACAACUAGCUGACGAUCGUUAACAUAUGCUGGACAUAUGCUUAGUGGGAGUUCAGUCGGUGAUUUGUGAAGAAAGCAUCAGCAAGUGACAAAUUUAUUGCGUAGUUUUAGCUAAACAACGAAGGGAGAAGAAACAAGUGGAUAGUGAACAUCACUAUGAUUUGCAUAACGAGAGCAAGUGAUUGAAUACCAACAAUAGAACGGUACGGGAAGUCAAACAAACGAUAGUGAGCAAAGCUACGGAACGGAAGUGAAACUUGCUCGGAGUCGGUUUCAUCGCUGUUUGUCGACAAACGGUGCAACAGGUUGUUCAUAUUGUUUCAUGCUUAAUCCGAUCAGUGUUCAAAGUUUGACCGAGAAUGCGCAAUUAAAUUGAAGUGUAUCACCAGACGGCAGUGUGUUCAAAGUGUAAAAUAGUUUCAUGAUUGUUCAAUUAGUUCGCCGCAGUAUCAGUCCCACGAUGGAACGAACCGCCCAUGUGCUAACGAAUUCACGAAGGAUGACCCUUUCGGCGGUGGUAGUACUAAUCGCUCUCGCAGUAGUACCACAAAGUUCAGCAUACCUGGAGGACCGGCCACCUGUCUAUCUGGAGGCCAAAGUUGGAUCCUACGUCAUUUUAAACUGCCCAGUGGAUUUCCCGAAAAACGAUCCCAUCCCAUAUGUGCUGCACUGGAACAAGGAUAACAAACCCGUCUUCACGCUAUACGAUGGCAUUCUCAACACGUACGAAACCUACAUCGGUCGAGUGACCCUAUUGAACAACGAUCUUGUCUAUGGAAAGGCAUCCCUCAACCUGACAUCAAUACGGGAAAGCGAUAACGGUUGGUAUGAAUGCAAAGUAAUCUUCCCAAAUCGGGUUCCAAACAAGCGAAACAAUGGAACUUGGUUUCAUAUUUCUGUAUUAGGAGGCACGUUGCUCAAAAUACCUCCGGUUAAUUCGACGGUUUUGGAAGGAGAUCCAGCCUUCUUCCACUGCACAGCUCAGAACCCUGAAACAAUGUUUGUUGAGUGGUUCAAAGAUGGCACACCGCUGCUGGAAAUGUUCGAUUUGAUUAACAGAUCUACCUUCGGACCGGAUGGAAGUCUUACAAUUCUUCCGACUCAGAUGAGCGACUUGGGGUACUACAUGUGCCUAGUUCGUAAUAAAGCGAAUGACACUCAGGAUGCGAGUGCUUUUUUGAAUGUUCAAUAUGCUGCGAAAGUAAUAUUUGCGCCCAAAGAAGUUUACCUACCAUUUGGACAACCGGCUGUGCUGGAUUGUCACUUUAGGUCGAAUCCACCGUUGACGAAUCUGCGCUGGGAAAAGGACGGCUUCCUGUUCGAUCCAUACAACGUCCAGGGUGUAUUUUACAAGCGAAAUGGAAGUAUUUACUUCGAAAGAGUUGAUGACUCGCAUGCAGGUCGCUAUUCUUGCACACCGUACAACGAUUUGGGAACUGACGGUUCAUCCCCAAUGAUCAAUGUUAUUGUGCAGAAACCGCCAGCCUUCGUCUUGAAGCCCAAGAUCCUUUACGUGACCAAAAUAGGAGGCACCGUGGAAAUGCACUGCGAUGCUCGAGAUCAAGACGGUACGCAUACUCCGCAGAUUAAUUGGAUUAAGAGAGACGGUAGUCUUCUUCCACAUGGACGAUAUCAGAUAAGCGGAGCAAAUCUCACCAUUGAAGACAUCAUUGAGUCGGAUCGAGGUAUCUACGCCUGUCAGGCAACGAACGAAGCAGCGACCAUUUCGGCUGAUGCGGAGAUCAUGAUCGAAAAUGUAUCCCCGAGAGCACCGUACAACUUGACCGGUAAUAGUUCCGACACGGCCAUUACAUUACGAUGGGCUCCAGGCUACAUUCGACAGUAUCUGGAAUACAUUAUUUGGUACCGGUUAGCUGAUGCACAGGAAUGGAGGACGUUCAAGGUGAACAACAAACAUAUUUUAGAAGCAACGAUUACAAAUCUGUUGCCUGCCAAAGAGUACGAGUUCAUGGUGCUUUGCCAAGAUAGCUAUGGGGAUGGAAUGUUCAGCAAGGCGUUCCGAUAUUUCACAAAACCUAAGGAAUUUGAACAACCGGAGACUUUCCAAGACACGCUACUGCAGUUCAACCAAAUUGGAUCGCCAAUAAAUCUUACCAUAGAGAAGCGCCACAGCAAUUACGAGGCGCGCUGGAAACCGCCGGAAUUAGGUCUUGAUCAACUACGUUACUACAUUCUACGGUGGUGGGUGGAACCACAACAUAAGUUGCACGGCAGCCGAACAACUCCCGAGACAAACUAUAUUCUCGAUGAGCUGAACGAGGACGAGUUGUACACGUUUCAGGUGUUUGCCAUGUCCACAACCAACUACACCAGUGGCAGUAACGAGGUCGAAAUUUACAUUCAUCCUUAUCAGAAGGUCAAAGUCAUGACUAUUGCAGGGGUCCUUCUGCUACUUGUCUCCCUGGCGGUUAUAAGUAUGCUUCUGUACGUGAAAAGAAAUCGGAUAAGAAAAUUACGGGAGGCGGAGAAUGUGAAGAUUUGAGCAAAUUUGGUUUCCAGUCAACGCGAAUAUGGUUGACGGCGUUGAUGUAAUUUCGAGAUAGCAUAAGAUUGCAUAGUAUUAUUGUAGAUUAUAUCGAGCCUAACUCAUCUGUUCAUAGGAUUAAUGAAACAUGUCUGAUUGAUAGGAUAAGAACUACUGUAGAGGUAUGCUUAAUAAACAGUUGCAAUAUUA